GCAGCAGCAGCCUCCACAGCAGCAGCAGCAGCAUCCGUUCUGGGCUGCUUUGGGUUUCCUCUCGUUCCCUCCGCGUGUCUCGUCUUCUGAAUUGAUUCUGGAGGACUCUUCCCCCCCCCCCCCCCACUUCCACCAAUUAGGCGGUAGGCAUUAGCGCUCCUCAGAGCUCUGCUGGAUCCUCCGCAUCCGCUGGCCCAAGAUUUUUUCCACCCAAGACGGAGAAGAAAUGAUCUCACUCGGCCCGUGGAAUGGAGACAGCUGGCAGGCGUAAAAACCUGAAGGCAACGCGGGAGCUCCAGCACCAACCGGACUCGCAUCCCGACGCCUAAGCCCCGCGACCGUCCUCGGUCGCCUUCGCCAAACCGCGCGGGGGGGACUCAGCAGCGGCGGUGCCUCGGAGGAGGGGACCGCCGAGGUCGGUUUUUUUUUUCCCCCAUGGCUGGGCUAUAUAGCUCGCCUUUGAAGACCCUGGAAGACCUCACCUUGGACUCCGGGUAUGGGGCAGGGGACUCCUGCAGGUCCCUCAGCCUCUCGUCCUGCAAGUCCAACAGCCAAGCCUUGGCCUCGUCUCAAGCUCGGGGCAACUGGUGGUACUACUCGGGCUCCAUGAACAGCCGGAACAACAGCUGGGAUACCGUCAACCCCGUCCUGCCGGAGGAUCCCGAAGUUGCCGACAUCUUCGCCAAAUGCGCCAAACUGCCCGACCUGGAGGAAUUCCCUUGGAGCGAGGAAGACGUGGAGAAGAUCCUGAGGAAGGGGCAAGAGAAAGAGGGGACCAAGGGAGGAAGAGGAGGAGGAGGAGGCUUCAGCCCAGAAGCCGCGAGGAGGCUGUCGAUGCUCCUCCGGAGGCCGCUGAUCCGGAUCUCUCGGGAAGCGCAACGCCUGAGCGUCAUGCACGCCAAGUGCACCCGCUUCGAGAUCCAGAGCGCCAUCAAGCUGAUCCAGAGUUGGUCCCUGUCGGAGAGUUGCGUCCUGGCCACCGUCAAAGCCCUUUCGCUGUACAGCAUGAGCGCCGGCGACGGCUUGAGGAAAGGCAAAUCGGCCCGCUGUGGCCUCACCUUUUCCGUCGGGCGCUUUUUCAGGUGGAUGGUGGACACCCGGAUCUCGGUUCGGAUCCACGAGUACGCGGCCAUCGCGCUUGCCUCCUGCAUGGAGAACCUGGUGGAGGAGAUCAAGGGCCGGGUCCUGGCCAGCCAAACCCCAGACGGAGACGGGGCGGGGAGUGAGGUCUCCUCCGAAGUUCUCGAGGCGGUGAUCAACAACGACGCGGAGCUUUGGGGCGUCCUGCAGCCCUACGAGCAUCUCAUCUGCGGGAAGAACGCCAACGGUGUGCUUUCUCUGCCCGCCUACUUCAGCCCUUACAACGAUGGAUCGAUAUGCAGCAAUGGAAGAGCCGAUGCUUAUGCCCAGCUAGAACUUCGGACUUUAGAACAAUCUCUCCUGGCAACCUGCGUUGGAAGCAUCUCUGAACUGAGUGAUUUGGUCUCACGAGCAAUGCACCACAUGCAGUGUUUGACUACCCUUCGUCCUGGCAUGAGCCCUGUUCGGCAAACCAGACAACAGCAACCACCCAUCACCUGGUCCCCCGACGCCCUCCAUACUCUCUACUACUUUCUACGCUGCCCUCAGAUGGAAUCCAUGGAGAACCCCAAUCUGGAUCCACCAAGGAUGGCCUUGAGUAAUGAACGGCCAUUCAUGCUUCUGCCCCCUCUGAUGGAAUGGAUGCGAGUAGCUAUAACCUAUGCUGAGCACCGGCGCAGUUUAACUGUAGACAGUGAUGAUAUCCGACAGACAGCUAGGCUGCUUUUACCUGGAUUGGACUGUGAACCUCGGCAAUUGAAGCCAGAAUGCUGCUUUAGUUCCUUCCGGCGAAUGGAUGCAAAGGCUGCUACUGAAAAAUUCCAGCAGGAUCUGGGGUUUCGAAUGUUGAACUGUGGAAGGACUGAUCUGAUUAACCAAGCUAUAGAAGCCUUAGGACCUGAAGGUGUUAAUGCAAUGGAUGAUCAGGGUAUGACUCCACUCAUGUAUGCCUGUUCUGCUGGAGAUGAAGCCAUGGUGCAGAUGCUGAUUGAUGCUGGAGCAAAUCUGGAUAUACCAGUUCCUGGAAGUUCAUCUCGAUACCCAUCAGUUCAUCCUGAUAGCCGACACUGGACUGCGCUCACUUUUGCUGUAUUACAUGGCCAUAUCUCAGUCGUCCAGUUGCUGCUGGAUGCAGGGGCCCACGUUGAAGGUUCUGCUGUGAACAGUGGAGAAGACAACUAUGCUGAGACACCACUUCAACUGGCCUCAGCAGCAGGCAACUAUGAGCUGGUCAGUUUGCUGCUGAGCCGAGGAGCUGAUCCCCUUCUGAGUAUGCUGGAGGCCAAUGGGAUCUCCUCAUCGCUUCAUGAAGACAUGAACUGUUUCAGCCAUGCUGCUGCUCAUGGACAUAGAAAUGUCCUGCGCAAGCUGUUGACCCAGCCACAGCAGUCGAAGGGAGAUGUUCUCUCACUGGAAGAGAUUUUAGCAGAGGGUGUGGAAAGCGAUACUUCCAGCCAAGGAAGUUCUAAUGAGGGCCAAGUUAAGUUAUGCAAAACCAGAAUGAAAGCGUUACAGGAGGCCAUGUAUUACAGUGCCGAGCAUGGCUAUGUUGAUAUCACAAUGGAACUGAGGGUACUUGGAAUCCCAUGGAAGCUGCAUGUAUGGAUUGAGUCACUACGAACAACUUUUUAUCAAUCUCGUUACUCAGUAGUACAGAACCUCCUACGGGAAUUUGUCACUAUUAAAGAAGAAGAAUACAAUGAAGAGCUAGUGACUGAUGGACUGAAACUAAUGUUUGAAAUUCUCAGAACCAGCAAAAAUGACUCAAUCAGCCAGCAUCUCGCAGCUAUCUUUACUCACUGCUAUGGAAGCAGCCCCAUCCCCAAUAUUCCUGAAAUCAGAAGGACACUGCCAGCCCGCCUAGAUCCUCACUUUCUAAAUAACAAAGAUAUGUCUGAUGUGACAUUUCAAGUGGAAGGAAAACUAUUUUAUGCUCAUAAAGUUCUCUUGGUUACUGCUUCAAAUAAAUUUAAGACACUGAUGACCAAUAAAACAGGACAAGACAGCCAAGGCAAUAAGAUUGUGGAAAUUAGUGACAUGAGAUACAAUAUCUUCAAGAUGCUGAUGCAGUAUUUAUAUUAUGGAGGAACGGAAGCCAUGGAAAUCCCCAUAGCUGAUAUCCUAGAGUUGCUGUCAGCUGCAAGUUUAUUCCAGUUGGAUGGCCUUCAGCGCUACUGUGAGAUACUGUGUGCUCAGACAAUCAAUACUGAAAGCUGUGUUCACAUCUAUAAAUAUGCCAAGAUCCAUAAUGCCCCAGAGCUGGCCUCUUUUUGCGAAGGCUUUUUUCUCAAGCAUAUGAAUUCCCUGGUGCAGCAGGAAUCGUUCAGGCAGCUCAUCUAUGGCAGGAACAGCAGGGUUCAGGGCCUGGAUCCCCUCCAGGAUUUGCAGUCCACUUUGGCCAGCAGACUUCAUUCCGUUUAUGUAACUUCAAGAGUGUAAUUGAUAAGAUCCGCAGCCCUGCUGUGAAGGAAAGCACCUGCUCAUUGAACUGCACUGAAAUGGGAUCUUGGCCCCAUUGUGGUUGCUUCAUCCAGCUUUUGGAGACAGUGCCUCUUCCACCACCUCAGCAAACUUAUCCAAAUGCAAGAAAAAUAACUCUGCACAUGCCACAACAGUUUUACCUGAAAACGGAUGAGCAGAAUCUGAGGUGGGAUGCUGCUAUUCUGCUAGGUACGCAUCACAAAGGAGAACUCAGGGGGAAAUUCACUUCUAAGUGUCCAAAGGUUUGCUUAGAAGAAUGCACAAACCAUAGUUGGCAUUUAGCUGGAGAGUGGACUGUUUAAAAAAUGGCUAUGAAUGUAGAAAUUCCAAUUUCUCUCAACUUUGACUACCCAAACUGUCUAAUAUUGGGCUACCUGAUUCCACCAGAGUGCCAUACUGUAAACAUCUGGCUUUUGCUUUGUCCACUGAGACGUGCAGGUUCAGUAGGUGCUAAAGCUAAAAAAGAAGCUAGUUUUUAAGAUACAAUAAUAUGCUACGUAAUAGAUUCUAGGUUAUUUUGGCCUCAGUUUUUAACUAGCUCUGGCUGUCCAUUUUUGUAUUUAAAAAAACAUAACCUGGUAUCCCUAAUAUUUACAGCUACCCACGUCUGUGUGCAAAUUAUUAUCGCUAAGACCAUCACACUGUGGUAUCUACGAUACUGGUUGUUACAGAUAGAAUUUCUCUCAUUUCUGCAAUAUAGUUGUAUAUAAAGGUUGGGGCUUGCUUUGUCAAUGCUAUAUUAUAGCAAAAAUUGCCUGAAAUGCCUGAUCUGGUACUUAUGAUCUGGACCACCGUCCCCCUGGGAAUUAUGUGCAUCACACACAGAAAUACGACUAGCCAAUUCCGACUAAAGAGAUCUCUGUAUAGAAAGAUUGUAUAUUUGUGCAUAUCAUUUUUGGGACUGGAAGUUGCAAGCAAUAAUCGACCUCCAUGCAGACUACACAUGCUGCCUGAAUCGUAUGAUUUCGAAUGAGAGCCUCAUUUAAAUACUGCUACUGCACCAUUUGCUGCAUGUGACAGCAUGCUGACUGACUAAACUGGAUUUCAGCUAGUGUAGGUGAAUCAGGCCUGGCUGGGUUCAAAUUCCAAUAUGAAAUCAUUGUAAGUAAUUGAACAAGGACUUUUGCACAUGUCAUCUCACCAUUUGAGUCAGAAAGUCAGUAUGACUGGGACAAAUUAUUUUCAUUUCCCUCCACAUACGCUUCAGUCUCCAUUGAAAUUUAAGGGUUGACCUGGGAAAUAUUUGAAAUAGGAACAUGCUUCCCCUCUUUCCAAUGCUCAAUGUUUUACUUCUACCUUUGAAUGGACUAGAAAAUAGUAACUUAGGAUAUCGUUUUAAUAAUUGUGUAUUAACAAAGGGAUUACGGUUACCAGUUGGGGAAAGAUGCAUAAAUCAAAUAUUUUUUGAAGGAUAGAUUGUCAAACUAAUCAAGGGGGAAAGAAGUCAAGUCAAAUGGGAAGGGCGCUAGGCAUGUGCCACAAGAGUUUUUAUGGUGUUCCAGGGAAGAUAAUGGAAGAGUAAUGGAAAUCGUGUAAAUAGAUACAUAGAUGUUUCAGAAGCAAGAGAGGCUUUCCCCAUAAUUAUCUAUUUCGGAGUUUAAUGUCCUCACCGUAAAAAUCUUCAUUUUUAACAGAGAGAAAAGCAUUCAAUACAGAAUGAACCGCAUUUACAAAUAUUACAUUUGGUUUAAGGAUAUAAAGAUUGAAGCAGUUCAGCAAUAACACAAGCCAUAAUUGUGACUGAGCCAGCGGGGUUGGGUAAACUAACUGAGGAAAAAUUAUUUUUCUCGGGUAUCUUGCUCCUUUAUCAGUUACAAUCUGUGCCUAAAGAGUUCGGUACGUUUCCAUAAUGCAUGUAAGUCACAUGGUACAAAGGCAAUACCUAAAAUAUUUAUAAAUGGAUCAAGAAAGAAGUGAGAUAGAUGGAGAGGAAUCAAAACAUGAGAACUGUAUGAAUUACCUACACAUUUCAACUCUUACUUACAGAAUAGCCCUACAUAUUAAAAAUGAUAAGCUAUAAAUCUUUUAUUUUUUUCAAAUCUGGAUCCGCAAAACAAACACAAGCUCCUCACAUCCUCCAGAUCACGGAAAAAUGUAAGAUUUCUCAUGAAGUAGUUAGGAAAUACCCCAAAGUUUGUCAUUUUGGAAAAUAAUUUUCAAAUAGCUGAUUUAG